AUGCAGGACCUGGCCGUUGACGGAGUUAACAAGGCUCAUCCCUCCCCUAAGGGGGCAGGGCCAGAAGAAGAGGCUUUAAAGUGCAAACAGAAGGAUCCAGAGUUUAUAUUCAGAGCACCAAUCAAAUUAAGCAAGCCUGGAGAACUUCGUGAGGAAUAUGAAAGCCUGAGAAAGCUGAGAGAGGAAAAGUUACAAGAGGAGAAAACCUCUGAAGAUCAAAUCCACAAGCUGUUAUCGGAGGAUACGGAAACAGGGAAAAGGAAAAUGGACGACCAGAAAAAGAGAGAUGAGCCAUUAGUACUGAAGACAGAUCUGGAACAUUGUCCUGCGCGCCUCUCAGAUUCAGAGAACGAAGAACCUUCCCGAGGCAAGAUGACACAGACCCAUCGCUCGGCAUUUGUUUCUAAGAACAACUCCUACUCCUUAGCUUUCCUGGCAGGGAACCUAAAUUCCAAGGUGGAAAGGAGUCAGAGCUGCAGUGACACUGCUCAAGACAGAGUGAAGAGCAGACUCAGAGCAGCCCCGACCAGCAAAACCAAGGUUACGGCUAUGGCCCCAGCCUCCAACCCCAUCAUCGGCGUCCUCCUGUCCACCCAGAACAACCGUUGCCUCUCAGCCCCUGACUUAACGGUCGAAAAACGUCUCCCCUUCAGCUCCCUCUCAUCCUUGGCUUCCCUGCAUAAGCCAGAACGCUCCAUCAGUCCGGAGAGCAACGACAGCAUCUCCGAGGAACUAAACCAUUUCAAGCCCAUUGUCUGCUCACCGUGUACUCCUCCCAAGAGACUCCCCGAUGGCCGAGUGCUCAGUCCCCUCAUCAUCAAAUCAACACCCCGCAACCUCAGCAGAAGCCUGCAGAAGCAGACUUCUUACGAGGCUAGUCCCAGGAUCCUCAAAAAGUGGGAACAGAUCUUUCAGGAGCGGCAGAUCAAAAAGACCCUUUCGAAAGCCACCCUCACCUCCCUGGCUCCAGAAACAGCGGAAGACUUAGUAGUGUCCGAGGUGACCCAUUCUAGCAAGGAAAAGCCACCUCUGGCUUUACAGACAAGACUGGCGGGGGGUCAGGCCCUCUCUGAGUGGGCCGGACCCACCCCCACCGACCUCGAUUAUGUCCCCUCCAUUAGCCAAACUAAAGGCGAACAGGGCAGCGAGAGUAAAAGGAGCCCUGAGAUCCCAUCGGAAAUGUGCUGCUCUUCAGAACCCCGAGGGGGAGCCAGUGGGACUUCUUCGGAGAAGGAGCAGGAGGAAGGGCCGGGACGCACCCCUGAGGCCAAGUUAGACAAAACCUGUAUGAGCACAACCGUGAACAUCCCAGUGGCUAAUUCAGUGCUGCCCCAAAAUAGUGUUCUGGGCGGGGCCCUCAAAACGAAGAAGCAGCUGAAGACGGCGAAUCAUUUUGAUCUGCCCAAUGGUGUGCUGGCGGACAGCCUAGGUGAGGAGCCCCUUCCUUCCUUGCGCCGGGGCCGGAAAAGGCACUGUAAGACCAAGCACUUGGAACAAAACGGCUCCCUUAAGAAGCUGCGGCAAAGCGGUGGGGAGGCGGGCCCGGCCGCCCGGGCCCUGGGCCUGCGGGAGAUGGAGCAGAAGCUGCAGCAGGAGGAGGAGGACCGGCGGCUGGCCCUGCAGCUGCAGCGCAUGUUCGACAACGAGAGGCGGACCGGGAGUCGGCGGAAAGGGAGCGUGGAUCAGUAUCUCCUAAGGUCCAGCAACGUGGCCGGGGCCAAGUAGCGCCCCAGGAACAUGUGGCCUGUUUUUAAGAGGUCUGUGGGCCUGAUCAUUUAUCCUGAAGAGCUGAGUGUUCUCACUUUGGGUUUCUUUUCAUGGCAAAACACUGUCUGCUAUGGUUCUGAGAGGUUCCAGGGCCUUUGUGGUCUCUGUCCAAGGGCACUAUGUCUCUGCCUCCCGGUGACCACGGCCAGAAGCACUCCUCACCCCUAAGUGACCCACCCCUGAGGGCUUCUGGGCCAAAUCUGGCAACACCCACUUGGAACGAGAUUCAGGAGCACAGGGGCCAGAGUUAGAGAUGGUAGAGGAGACAGGGGAUACCUUCUGAAACUGACAGACCUCCUGACUUCUUUCAACAGGGUCUUAUUUUAAAUCAGCCUUGCAGAUAAAAGGGAGUUCCCUCUUUCUCAGAGAAGUGGGUCAGUGUCGCUCUUUGGCAGAUCCAAGAAGAUCAUGUUGCCCCUUCUCCUUCCCUGUGCCACAAGUAAAUAUACCUAAUGAAAUCAGUUGAGUUUACCGUCCUACAAAAGUUAAUUUACCUUCCCUGUGUAAAAAGUAACAUCGGAUUAAUGCGCUGUCUAGUCGACAGACCAACUUCACGGUCAGUGUUCAGUUUGGUCUUCCCAGGAGCGCUAACACGUAAGUGGUUAUCAGCGCCGUUUUCGAUGAUGAUGGAACUGCAGGGCGGACGUUCAGGUCCCGUCAUUCACUAAGUGGCGUAGCCCAGACUGACUGUCGGGGCUCCUGACAACAGAUCCCAGAGAUUUUCCACACUAGCAGGUUGAACAGGUUGCCGUAAUGGACAGCAGCCCAAGGGCAUGCCACGCACGGGAGCCCAGGGAAAGCUGGCUGAGCAUUUGAAUACUGAUUGUGUAAAAUCCAUAGGCAGAUAAUUGAGAUCGAUGGGAACUAUAUAAAUAAAUACUAUGCAGUUAUCCACCCUGCUCCCCGCCCCCACCACAGUUUACAGCCUUUUGUUUUCUGGGGGGUGGAGGGGGCUUCCGCCCUGUGUGACAGAUUAUAGCUGAACUUCGUUAUUACUCUCCACAUGUCCAAGGGUUAUCUGCAACGUUGAUCUAAAAUCCCAAAAAUUUGCCCAGAAGUCAGGCAAGAGCAAUGCUGAAACUCCAUACUAUGGAAACAAGGUAUCUAGCUGGAUGCAGCUGGUAAAUUCAGUCCCAUGGACCUUUGGGGUUUAUUUUCCUUAGGAGCUGACACCAUGUGUCUUUUGCAUCCCUGGUGGUGCUUGGUGCUUCUGCCCGUCUGGGCUCAUUGGGAAUAGGGAUUAAGAGAUGAUUUUAGGGAAUCUCAGAUGGGCUGGCAUUCCCUGUGCAUGUACGAGCUGUUACUAUAAAGUCAUGUGACUGGCAUUUCAACAAAGGUUUUAGAGCUUAUGUAUCCCAGUGUACGUUGUCCCCCUUGAGUGACUCCAGCAGGAUACUGCAUAGCUUUUCCAAUGAUGUUGCCGUUGGCAAAAACAUUUCUGGAACUGUCCUCAACGUCUAGAAACAUCUAGAAAUAUAAACUCCUAAAAUGUUAGAAUUGGAAGGGACCUUAAUGGUCAUCUUUUCCAACCUCCUCCUCUUACUAAGGCAGAAACUAAGACCCAGAACGGUGACUCACCUGAUCACUAGGGAUUUACCAGAUCACCUUUUGAUUCCUCUCAGGAGAAUUUUGCCCCCUCUUCUCGGGGCAGAUCUUUACUCUUUUGUGGUUACAGGAGGGAGAAUUUUAAGUCUGAAACUAGUCAGAAGCUGUUUGAAGCCUCUAGAAGAGAAGGUCGGGCCAGAGGGCUUCAGAGUUACAAACGAGUUGUAGCUGUCAAGCAGUCGGAGUCAUUUCCUCAUGCUGCUCAGGAACAGCUCCCGGGGAGAAGUUCCAGAGAUGUCGUAAGCAUUUUGGUCCUCACUGAGAUGUGUGGAACCUCCUCGGUGACUGCUUUGGUGGGAGGGUCCCUCACUUGAAUGUAUGUGUUCUGUGUUCUGUGUGUCUGUGUGCGUGCACACAUGCAGAUGUGUGUUUAAAACACAUGCAUCCGUCCCAUUCCUCUGUAUUCACACCACUUCGGUUCCAGGCCCUGCCAGCCACACAGGCCUCCACAGGCUGCUGGACGGUCGGUCCCCAGGAUAGCAGAGCUGGUGCUGGUCUGCGGAGGAAGGGGAGGGUGACUCACUGAAGGCCCUUAGAGAAAGCCUCAGUUCCUGCCAUUUCCUAGAGCUGCUCGUUGGUCUGAGCGAACAUCCCUGGGAGGCUCAUCCGCUCGGUGGUAGCAAAGAAGCUUCUUUUUUCCACUUGCCGCCUUUUGUCUAGGUCUCCAGUCAUUUGAAAAACACGUUUCAGUUGGAACUGGUUUUUGGUUUUGGAGAAAAGAUAAAUAUUUUUAAUAGAAAAAGAUAUAUAUUUUAAAUAUUUCCCCGAAGUCAUACUUUUGUUUUAAGGAGUUGCAUAGCAGUAGCAAGGAAUUUUAGGUUCAGGUGCAGAGUGCAAAGCUCCCUCCUGUGAAGUGAGUAUUGCAAACGCCAGAUCCAGCUUGCUGACUUUCCCCCUUGCACCUCCUGUUGUGUCUAGAGGGGCCCUGACAGUUGUUCUGCAGACUUCCGGCCGAGCAGUAGUCCUUGCUGUGGAGGCAAAGCAGUUUAGGUUAAGGAGCGACAGGGCUUACCCUCUCAUCUGCUUGGCUUUGGAGGAGGAAAAAACCACUAAGGUAUUAUCUGUAUUUUAAAAUGCUUCCCGUACUUAACUAACACCUGAACACUUUCUCCUUCUGAAAAACGUCUGUGUCCUGUUGCUUGCUUGCUUGUGAAGUUUAUCACAAAUGGUGUUGUUGACAUGAAUUAUUUGGAGAAAGAGAAAGACAGGAAGGGAAAACAGAGUGAUGGGGAGGGUUGGUGAGGGAGAACGAGAGAGCCGCUAUUUCACAAAACAGACAUUUCUCACGAAUCACUGGAAUCUGAUUCACCAUACAAAUUUCCCAUGUCCUACGAGCUCUGCUCCUUGUGUAUAUGCAUUCUGUGUGUGUGGUUUUUGUUUUUGUUUUUUUUUUAUUAAAGGGGAAGUUAGGAGAAGUUGGAGGAUGAAGGUCAUUCUGUGGUGCCCUGAGAAGAGGGCUCUCAGCCCUUUUCCAUAGAGUGGGGAAGACCUUUGGCAACAUAUUCGUGACCUAUUGAUUGUAUCUGCUGGAAGGAGUCAUCAGGGCCUGUUGGGUCAGUGUCAAAUCAGGGGAUUAAGCACCCAGCCCUUGGACCCUUUCAUAUAAUUGCCUCUUUUUAAAAGGUUAAUUCAUCAUGGCUGCAACUUCCCAGGAAAACCUUUUGUAAGUGGCUUCAUUUCUUAUUUUUUUAAUUUAAGUUUUAGAUUUUUGUCUGGAGGAAGAACUGGUGAUGAAUGCCUUCUGGUUUUCUUGGUUUUGGGUGUUUUUUUUGUUUUUGUUUUUGCUCAUUUCCCCUAAAAGAAAAAUGCCCUUAAGAGAUUAAAGCUGCUUAAUUAAUUGCUGUCUGAUUACAAAGUGACAGACUAAGAUGGGAAGCUGCCACUGUGCUUGACUGGUGAAGCUGAUGACCGAAGGCUGUGCUGUUCACCCUUUCUGUUCCGUUUAACAGACAUUCCUGAGCUUCGAACUUGUGCCAACCUUGUACUGGGUCAUGGAGAUACAGGAUGGAAAGGACAGUCCCCGCUCUUGAGGAGCUCAGUCUCUAAUGGAAUGUAUUUGAAUGUCUGUGUGGCUGGAGUUCUGCUUCUUCAUAGUGACCAUCUUGGAUGGCCCCAUCUAAGAUACUGUCCAGCAUCUGGCAGGCUGCCUUGAACAUCUUAGACCCCUCCCAUCAGUAUUUCUGAAUUUGAUUGCAACACUGCUUUCCAUUUCCUAAGUAAUUUUACCAGAGGAGAAUGAAUUUUCUCCUCCACUGACACAGGACAAUAAUCUCUUCAGGAGAGCUUUUACAUCAGUGCCAGGAAGUGAGGCAGGGUGUGGAUCAUUGACAUGGGCAGAGGAGGCCCACAUCCCAACUCCCUGACCUCCUCACCUCCUUCCCAACCAGACCUCUCACCACAGCUGGUAGCAACUUUUGGAUUCCUUUUCCUUUUUUCUGCCUGGCUUUUCACUGAGAUGGAAAACCAGCAGGAGAGGAAAGAAAGAAAAAUUGAAGGCUGGAUUAUAAUCAUAAAAUGCUAUAGCUCGAAAGGGCAUGGAAAUCAUUCAGAUCAAAUUUUUCCCACUUGCUGCCCGUUUUUUUCUAAGAAAUAAGGAACGUGAGGUCCAGUGUCCUAUGCCCUAUUUUAUACUGUAGUUUCCUAGGAUCUAAAUGGUCCGUUUAAAUUACACACACACACACACACACACACACACAAUUUACUAAUGAGGACACCCAAAUGAUACAGGAGGCUUUUUGUUUUAAUAUUAGCUUUCUCUUUCAAAUUUUUUGUUAGAAUUAAUACCUAUAUCCCCUGAACACACACCCAGAUAGGGAAAACCCCACAAUGUGACUAAUGUGAAUAUGGAGUCUUGGGAAGUGAUAUAUUUUUUGAUUGGAAUAGUCAUCAUUUUAACCACCAAGGGUUAAAACCCAGCCAGCCCUUCAUUUUUCUUUGAAAAAUCAAGAACUCCUUAGGGACUUAAAUCUUUCUCAGCCAGCCUUUUCCCCAUCAACCUAUAGAGUGGUCUUUUGGCCUGGUUUUUAGAAGUAAGCAUAGUUGCUUAUAAAUUCUUGUGAAUCAGUGACAAAGCAGGUAUUUUUUUCAGGGGGGGGAUGUCGAGGAGAUUCUAGGGAAAGCUGCGCUGAAUAGCUUUUCCUCCAAAGAUGAUACAGAAAAUGCAUCUUUCACAUGCUUGUUAUCCACUGUAACUUUCUGAAAAAGAUUGUUCUACAGAGAAAAGAGACAUAAGCAGAGGUCACGACCAGCUUAGAGAUUGGUUAAAUUGAAGAAAAAGUGCCAAGACUGAACGUGCACAUUGUUCUAUGUAUGAUCAGUAUUUUUAUUCUUCCUAAGAAAAAUAUUUACACACUUUGCUUUGUGAGUAAAUGCUUCCUUACUGUCUUGUUAAUAAGGGUGGCAGGCUCCCUCUGCCUUUUCUGGGGUCUUUUAUCAACUAGUUGGACAAAGCCGAGCUAAGGCCAGGCUUAUUCGUCUUCUUCCCUCUCACUUAAUUGGUAAAAACAGGCAAUGCACUCCUCAAAGAUCAAGCUGUUAGAGCUCAAGAGUAGCUGUUUGGGCCCUGGGUCUGGAGGGCAGUGGCCAGAGUCUCCCUGGGUGGCCCUGUGCACCCUCCAACUAUGCCACCAAUGGGAGCAGGGCCCCUUCCUCCGUCAGUGGGUCCAGCCCUUUGCCUGCAGCAGAACACUUAAACUCCUAAGGAGAGAAUGGAGAACUACUCGAGGGAAAAAAUUAUCUUAAAUGCCACCUAAUGGUUUUGUUUUUGUUGUUUCUCCUGAUGUGCUGUUUACUCUCAAUUUGUACACACACAGUUGUCCUUAGGGCCUUUCCUCUUCUCACCUAGAAACAGAAAAUGGGAUGUAUAUUGGUUUCCAACCUGCUGUCUACAUUAGAAUUGGAGACGGGGCCUGGAUCCUUGUGGACUGAGCUUCCUCUCCAACUCAUCACCAACAGCAUCUUGACAAAGAAAGACCCAGAACAGGGCAGGCCCUGUCAGGGAUGCUUCUGCCAACAAAGAAACGGCACAGAAUCAAACGGGACGAUGUGCUGUUUGUUUAAACAGUACCAAAGUGCAUUCUUCAGUGUAUGUUUGCCUGCUUGAGGAGAGGCCCAAGUUGAGCACAUAGUAAAGCAAACUCAUGAAAGUGAA